GUCUUCAGUUCCGUGAAAAAUAUGUUGUGUACGUUUUCUCAAAAUUGAAAUUCAUAUUAUCAAGGAGUAAUAAUGGAUUUGUACGAUUCAAUUAUACAAGUUGCCGCUCCCAGAAAAAGAGAUCCCCUGAUCAUGGACACCAUAGUACCAGACGAUGUCAGCGGCAUCGAGGAGGCCGACGACAAGUACUGUCCCACCGAGAUCCAGGAGUUCUACAAGGGGGCCAACGUGUUCAUCACAGGCAGCACCGGGUUCUUGGGCAAGAUACUGCUGGAGAAGCUGCUGCGGUCCUGCCCGGAAGUGUCCACCCUGUACGUGCUGGUGAGGAACAAGAAGGGCAAGAAUUUGCACACGAGGGUCGAGGAGAUAUUCGACGACGCCAUAUUCGAUAGGCUGAGGCGGAAAAGCCCGAAAUUCAGGCAUAAGGUGGUGGGAGUGGCUGGGGACUGUUCGUUGCCAGAUUUGGGGCUGUCAGUGCAUGACAAGAAACUCCUACAGGAUGAGGUGAACAUAAUCUUCCAUGUUGCCGCCACUGUCCGCUUUGACGAAAAACUGAAGACUGCCAUCGCCAUCAACGUGAGAGCUACCCAGGACAUCCUCCAUCUGGCCAGCGGGAUGUCCAGACUCGAAGCCGUCAUACACGUGUCGACGGCCUUUGCCAAUUGCACGUCCAAGGUCAUAGAAGAGAAGAUUUACCCCACCACUAUAGAUUAUAGGAAGCUCAUCGCCAUGUCCGAAACUUUGACAGACAAAAUGUUGGACAACUUGCAACCGAUGUUGUUGGAUAAAUACCCAAACACUUAUGCUUAUACAAAACAGGUAGCUGAAGAUGUAGUGAGACAGUGUGGAGAAGGUCUACCCGUAGGAAUCAUAAGACCAUCAAUAGUGGUCUCCACCUACAGAGAGCCCAUCAAAGGCUGGAUCAACAACAUGUACGGUGCCACAGGGGUCGCAACUGGGGCCGGUAUCGGUCUCAUCCGCACCUUACAUUGCGAUCCGGACUCCAACGCCAACAUCAUACCCGUCGAUAUGUGCGUCAACUCCAUGAUUGCCGAGGCCUGGGACGUCAGCAACAGGUUCAGGGAGGCUAAAGAGGCGGACACGGCCUACGAGAUCCCCAUAUGUAACUUCGAAAGUAGUUGUGAUAACCCAAUAACUUGGAAAUAUUUCAUGUUCUCGUCCGUUCAAAAUGGAAUGAGAGCACCGUCUGCGAAGGCUAUAUGGUAUUUCAGUUUCCGACUCCAGAAAUCGUAUUUACUGUACUUCCUCACAACCCUUUUGAUACACACAAUUCCAGCCAUCAUUGUGGAUGGAGCGUUAUUAUGUAUUGGAAAGCAACCAAAGAUGAUGAAAGUUUACUCAAAAAUCCACAAAUUCUCCUCAGUUAUCUCGUAUUUCGCGACGCAGACGUGGAUAUUCAAGUCCGAUUAUGCCCAAAAGCUGUGCCAUAAAAUGUCUGACAUGGACAACGAGAUUUUCUUCAGCGAUCUCAAAAAACUUGAUUGGGAAGAGUUCUUCAACCAAUAUCUGUUUGGAGUCAGGACGUACUUGAUAAAAGACCCUACAGAUAACAUUGAAGAAGCCCUAGUUAGGUGGAGAAGGCUGUAUUGGGCACACAUAACAUUGAAAACUGUACUCGGAUUUUUGCUGUUGAGGUUGUGUUGGUAUAUACUAUCACUUGUUUUCGGAAGACGAUGCAAUAUUGAUAUGAUUGUCGAAGAUUUGCAGGUAUCCUUGGAAACAUUCUCUGUUAUGAAACCUUUGCUUCUCACCUCAAGACUAUUCGGUUUGUUCCCCAUUAGUUACAAGAGAUUUGGAGCCUACUAUAGAUUGAAAUGGUCCAAUAUUUAUGCCAUUUAUAGCUACCUAUUGUCUCUCACCUUAAUUAUUUGGACCUUGACCGGUAUGAUGAGAGAUAUGAAAGAAGUUGCAGAAAAUUCUCUUAGGAUGACCAAUACAAAAACAGAAUUCGUCACCUGUUGUGACAUUAGCAUAGUGAUACUCAUUGUGUGUUUUGGAAUAAUCACAUUGCCAUUCAAAAUUCGGAAAUUUUGGAAGUUGAUGAACUGCUUGAACCAGGCAGACAAGAUGAUUCCAAUCAAAUCUCCAAGGAAAUUCACAAUGGCGUCAAUCUACUUCUUGCUUAUCGUGAUUUCAACUUUUUCUAUUCUCUUCAGCUGUGACAUAGUUUCAUGGUUUCGUAAACUGAAUGAAGCAGGUCGAAAUCCCUUCACCUAUUUCAGAGAAUAUUUAGGUUUCUACUUUCUCUAUGCCAUAGUCAUCAUGAAAGGAGUAUUUUUCUGGCAUGUGGUUUUCUUGAUAAAAAUCAAGAUUUCUUUGCUGAAUAAUAAUUUAUUGGAUAUCAAACAUAGAGCGUCGACUAAUGCCCAUAUUAAUGCCAUGGAACUUGUUGGUCAGCGGAGUCUGGAUGUAAUUUCUACAACUACAACACUUCAAUUCUUGUCAUCGUCAGUAACUAAUGAAUUGAAGUUUGAAAGUUCCAAAACUUUGGUAAAAGAAUUUAUGGCAUUGACAAAAUAUCACGAGAAAAUUGUUGAAGCCGUUGAUAUCGUUAAUAAUUCAAUUGAAUAUGGAAUACACCACAAGAAAACAUUGAACAUAUUAUGUGAUCUGUUAACUUGUGAACUUGAUGAAGAACUGAAAAAAGUGGUUACACUAUUUUCGUUGCAGCAUAGCUAUUGUAAACUCAAAUUCUCUUCUUGUGGAUAUUUCAAAAUCAACAGGUCUCUAUUGACAUCGGUAAAUUAA